UAACUCUGCACUGAGUUAUACCUUCGUCCGGGUUCAAAACAAUACCGAAACAAACAUCUGAAAAAUGGACGAAGUGCAAACGAUCGAAGCGGCUGUCCUGUCCUUCUAUCGUGGCGGCUCGGAGCAGCAAAAAGAAACACACAAGUGGCUACAGCAGGUGCAAAACAGCCCCCAAGCGUGGUCGUUCUGCUGGGAGCUGAUGCAGCUAAACAAAUCGUCCGAAGUGCAAUUUUUCGGGGCGAUCACACUGAAUUCCAAGCUACGCAAUUUUUGGGUCGAAGUGCCCAAAGAGGCACAUCAUGAGCUGAAGCAAAAGCUGCUGGAAACAAUAGUGGUGUUUGGCAACGGUCCGAAAAUCGUUCUCAAUAGACUGUGCAUCUCGUUGGGUCUCUUUAUCGUUCAUAUGCUCCGACAUCCAACAGUGAUCGAGGAGGUAACGAACAUGUUUCUGCUCGAGCAGCUCGGUAACCUCUCGAAGGUAACGCAGAUCGAGAUCCUCAUGGCCGUCCUGGAGGGCAUCCCGGAGGAGGUGAAAAAUGUCCGCACUCAGAUACCGCGCGAAAUAGUAUUGCAAGAGUUGAAUCGGAAUGCAGAAUUCGUUAUGCAAACGGUGGUCAGGUACCUGAAUGAGAAGCUAAGUCAAACCACACUGGAAACGCACGACAUGAAUGGUUUAAUCAAUGCGGCCAAAUGUGUCGGUACCUGGGUGGCGCACGGGAAUGUGCGGCUGGACGAACGCGAGGCUACAGUGCAGGUGUUACUGAAGGCCAUCCACUAUUGCUAUUGGAAGGAGCCGAAGGACGACGGAUGUUUAUUGCCGGAGGAAAAUGAAUUGGCAGAAACGGCUCUAAAGUCGUUAACGAGCAUAAUUUCUUCGUACGCUACGCAGAAUGCAAAGUACUCGGUCACGGUGAUCAACUUUAUGAAAAUGUUCCUCGACGUGCUCGUGCCAAUUCUCGACGCGGAGUACAAGGAGAAUAACGACAACGAAAACCUUGCCCUCAUGAUCUACGCUCUCUUCAUUUCCACGUUGGAGUGUUUCUCGUCGGCCAUAUUCGACGGCAUCGUAACGGAAUCCGAAGAGGUUUCCAAAGUGUACACACGAACCGUGGACAUGCUAAUAAAGUGCACCGAUAAACCGGGCACCUAUCCGGUGGACGAAUCAUGCAGCACGUACGCGAUGGAGUUUUGGUACAUGCUACAGGAGGAAGUUCUCGCCAUGGGCCCUUCGAGGCACAAGAUACGCUGCCUGGAAGCAAUCCGACCCGUGUACGCACACGUGGUGAAGGUGCUUGUGAGAAAAUCGCAACUUCCAACCGAAUCUUCGCUACACAAGUGGAACGAUGAUGACCUGGAGGCGUUCCGGUGUUACCGUCAGGACAUUGGUGACACACUACUGUCCUGCCACGACGUACUGAACAAUCAGAUGCUAGACGUGCUGUCGGAAGCCCUCGACGAAUCGAUCAUGUACCUCAGCUACGAUUCACAGUCAACGGAAAACUGGACCCUCCUCGAGGCAACCAUCCAUGCGUUCUGUUCGAUUGCGCAGAAAAUCGAGUACACCGAGCACCAGCAGAUCGUGAAGCUGCUCAAGGUGCUGAACGAGAUUCCGUACGAGAAGUACAACGACAAACUGUUCGGGAUGGCGCUGGAAACGGUUGGCGCGUACAGCGAGUGGAUCGGAGACAAUCCAAAGUACCUGCCAUCGGCCAUUUCGCUGCUCGUGAAAGGUCUCAAUUCCACCAAAGCUUCCCAGGCGACGCUCGGCCUGAAAGACCUCACGUCCGAGUGCCAAAAGGAGGUAGUUCCGUACGCGGUGCCACUGCUAGACGCGUGUCGGUCGGUGCUGCAUGACGGCCGGUUGAAGAAUGCGGAAAUGAUACGGCUCAUGUAUACGGUCGGGAACAUACUGAGCGUGAUAUCGUACGAUAACAUUAUCGUGUAUCUGGACGCGAUGGUUUCGCCCUGCUUCGAGGAGCUACAGGUGCACGUGCAGAACAAUGAUAUCAGCGAGCCAACGAAGGCACGCGUAAUCCUGCGGCUGGAUAUGAUUUCGAAGCUUUUUUCUUCACUCAACAUUAAGAAAACGGCCAACGAAACCGAGGAUAAUAAGAUUUCGAUGGUGGUGGGCGGCCAGAAACCGUGCUUUCCCGCCGGAGAAGAACCUGUCCCGGGCCCUGCGCCGGUCCAGCCGAUACUGCUGAUCCUGGAGAAAACGAUGGACCUGUUGAAGAACCUCUGUACGCUCUGGAUGCAUGACGAGACGGUCGUGGACACACUAUGCAAAGCGCUCCAGCAGGCGCUAACAAAUCUGAUGGACGACAUCAAACCGCUGCUGAACGAAAUCUGCUUUCUAGUAUUGUCAAUCCUAAACAAUAAUUGUGUCGUUUCGGCUGUGGAUAUUGCAGGAAACUUUAUUCUCAUGUUUUACACCGACAUGGAAUAUCGUCCGAUGAUGGUGCAAUUGUUCACCGCCAUCAUGGACUACAACUUCAACCAGAUGCAGAUGAACCUGGACAAACUUUCCCGGAUAGCGGACCUGAUCGAAACGUUCUACGCGUUUAACACAAAAAUUGCGAAAAAGUUACCAAUUUGCUAUACGCACAUCCAAGUGGACUAUCUGAAGCUGAUGGAUUACGCUACUAAAUGCAUGAUGCUGCCCGAAACGGGACCCAUGAAGAAGAGUGUAUCGUUCAUCACGAUGUUUGUGAAGGAAUCUAUUAAUAACCCCGCGAUGGUGCAGGUCGUUAUGAUGCACGGGGAAAACAUCAUACGAACGACAUUUUUGUGCAUUGGGGGAACAGCACUGCGGACGCAGGUGGAAAUCUUUGCGGACAUCUUUCUUGCCAUCAACUGCCGCUACCCGCAGGCGUUAAUCCAGUGGAUGAAGGUGCUGGAGACGCCAAACUUCCCCACGGCCUUCGUAAGCGCCACCGAGAAGGAACAGUUCAUGCGGAAUGUCAUCAAGGAGCGCGUCAGCAAGCGACUGGUGCAGGAUUACGUACGGAAGUUUGCCGCCCUGUGCCGGAACGUGGUCGAAUACGAGAAUAACAAAUAAGCACAACGAUACGAGAUUGUACGGUCAGCAGAGCACUUUGGAUGUAACAAUUGUGAUUUUUAGCGUGUAAUAGUGCAGCGAAGAUGAAUGAGCGAAAGGACGGAAGAAGUUACUGGCGUAGACAAAUAUACGCACGCGUGUAUAGACAGACCCCUCAAUCGCUUCCUCGAGUUGCAUGAGUACGACAAAACGACAGUGAUACGAAUUGGGUGUCCUCCUUAAAUAAGCUGCAUAAGUUGUCUAACCCGAAGUGGAAUGUUUUCAAACGAUCCUACUAAGCAGCAGAGACAAACAGAAACAAAUUACAAACAAUUACCAUGUCGUUACAAAUGUGUUUGCCAACAGGAUAAAGAAAACACCACCGUACGCCGCCGAUGAAUAGUGAACGAAAAUACAAAAGUUCCCUUCUCUAAGAUAACAAUAGGAAUGAUGUGAAUAA